AUGUCGUUGUAUGCCGUCAGCAUUUCACUCGGCGCGUCGAGCAGCUAUGUUGCCGUCGCACCGGUGAGCAGCACCACCGGCACGGCUGUGGUGCCUGACACAGCUCCUAUUAAGGUCAUCGCCAACUCCAGCGGCCAUCGCAAUACCCCUGUUGUGGCAGCUUUGAUGGAGCAAGAGUUGCUCUUCGGUGACAACGCCCUCCACCAGUACUCGCGUCAGCCUCAGAAAGUCGUGCCUUACCUCUUCGCCUACGCCGCUGCUGCUGCCUCUAUCGCGGACGCGCAGCACUUACGCGAGGCGGAGGCAGACGACACCACCGAGCCAGAGGUGGUCACAUCUGAUCUGCUGCAGGUAAUCGAGGCCGCAUCGAAGCAGAAGUAUCAGGGCCACUGCCGGCUUACCCAGGCUGCCUCUGGCACGCGGCGGCUCGGGUUCGAGUACACGUCAGGGUCAGACGGUGACCCGGUCGCGAGCUUCAUCUCUGCCGAGGACCUUUUUAUUGGCUUCUUGAACCACAUCAAAGAGCACUCCGUAGACGGCGUAUGUGGACUGACGACGACCACCGGCAGCGGAGACGCCGUAUCGAGCACGACAAGGCUCUUUCUGACGCUGGUGGUGCCGCGCUACGCAUUUUCCGGGACUGCUGGCUGCGCCCAUGUCGGCCACCGCGGGCGCACUGUGGAGUGGCUGAAGGAGGCAGUGCAGUCGUCGCAUCUGAGCUCCGUUGUGCUGAGCACCAGUGUUGUCUUCAGUGAUGAGGCGGUGGUGGCUGCGUACGAUGCCGCCACGGAGGAGCGCCGUGUGCCGAGACUCCUCUCCACUGCUCCGCACAAUAUGCUCGUAGUAGACUGGGGAGCACAUUCUCUCUGCCUGUCUUUGCUAUGCUCCCGCGGUGGGACUCUUGUCUGCCCUCCGCGGCAUCACAGCGUUCCCUACCGCUGCUUCACAAAGGGUAGCAGCGCUGUGGGUGAGGGCUACUUUGCCGUAGGCACCUGCAGCGGCGGCGACGCGUUGGAUGUGGCCCUGGCAGAAAGGGUGGCGGCGCAGUACAUGACUCAACAGCGGCGCCUCUUCGCGAGCCCGUCGCGCAACUUCAGUGCUCUGCUGCGUCUCAACCACACACUGCCCACCAUCGGCUCGACCGAGCACCCAGCCACCCAGCUUCUUCAUGAGGUAAUCCCGCCACGGUCGAUGCGCCGUCUGGCCCUGCUGAUUGCCGAAAAGAAGGUUUCGCUCAAUACAAACCCGCAAGCCACCUCUGUCGCGGUGGAGGCGGAGGCAUUCUACGAAGGAAUGGACCUAAUGGACACGCAGACAAUGACGAAGAACAAGCUGGAUAACGCCAUUCGGAGCGAGUGGGGGUUGGUGGACAUGUUCAACAACGCUCUACAAGCCUUUUCGGAAAAGUACAAAGACACCUGGGCUGAGGGGCCUGUGGAUACGGUCCUGCUUGCAGGUGGCAUGUGCCAGAUGGCCUCCUUGACAAAGAUGCUAGCCGCCUCCAUUCAGUCACCCGGGCAGCGGUCACUCUUCGCAGCUGGUGUGCGCGUCUUGGACUCGAGCCUCAUGGGGAACGGCGUGUGCGCCGAUGAGCUGCCCUCUGUCGGCGGGUGUCAGCAGAGCUGUCUUGUGGCUGAAUCCUACAGGAGGAAGCGGAGCGCCCUUUCCCAACAGUCGCGAAAGGGCGCUGGCAAGCUGCAGGCCGCCGUUGCUGCGCAAGUCGCCGAAACGGCCACCAGUGUCUGGGAGGCCCUAACGAAGGACAGCGAUGACGAUGAUAGUAGCGGCGAGGAGGCCAUACAGGGGGAGUUCAUGAACGACCCGCACUCCGGGCUGUUCCUCGCCAGAAACGUGUACUUGUACGUCGGCGAUGCCGCGGCAUUGACCUCUGCGGCGACCCAGCAGCUGCCUUAUGCUUCCCUGCGUGUGUUGCUGGCGCACUCGGCGGCCCUUCCCUGCCGAGUCGCUCUUCCGUGGUCUCCGGGAUCUACCGAGGCGCGGGUAGUGCUCUACCUCUUUACAGAUGCGCACGACACACCAUCAACCGUCCCUGCGGGAGAUCUCGUGGAGGUGCGCCCAGUGAACUGCUCUGGGGUUGUUCUCUCUGCUGCCACUGCCGUGGCACGCGAUGGAACGCUGAGCCCUCUCUGCCUGAUUGUCACGGCGCAGGCGAAGUGGAAUGGGGUGUCGGAGAGGGUAGUGCAGGUGAGCAUGCAGCUAGUGCGCGUGCCCAGCGUCAGUGGCACCAACAUCGCAUCGCUGGUUCUCACCCCUGCUAUCGUUUGCAGCACGUCUGAGUUUGUCCUUCAGUGA